AUGGUGCUCCCUUACUUCACCGCCCUCGUCUUCGGUACCAUGCUUCCUGGCCUCAACCUGACCCAAUACGCCGACCACUACGACAACGUGCACAUCCCACUCGUCAAAUCGCUCACCGGCCCAAACUUUCCCGCCGUGCACACGCGACACUACUUUGGUGGGAAUCCCGCCUUUGUAAACGCCAGUUAUCCUGUGGAUUGGAACAGCAUGGCGACCAUGGAGUUCAGAGACCAGGCGCAUGCGCUGACAUUUCUAAACAUUAUCGGUCAGCCGGCAGCGAAGGCCAAGAUCGAGGAGGACGAGCAUUUAUUCAUGGCACAUGCGCCGAGGACGGUGAUUGUUGGGACAGAUGGGAGCGUUUCGUGA